CCGGCUAAUACGCGAUGUUUUAAACUCCACAGGAAUAUGUCCCUUCCAGGACCUUCGUAGAUCCAUUCAAGCCAGCAAGUUUGGAGAGCGUGUUGAGUUUAAUCAAUUCAUAACGUCGAGAUGGAGCCGAACUCACUGAAGUGGGUGGGCUCGUCUUGCGGUUUACAUGGACCAUAUAUAUUCUAUAAAGCCUUUAAAUGUCACCGGGACGGUAAACCGAGGAUUCUGUCUCUGGGAGACUUCUUCUUCGUCAGAUGUAAACCGGAGGAUCCUAUUUGCAUAGCGGAGCUUCAGCUGCUCUGGGAAGAAAGAACAAGCAAGCAACUUUUAUCAAGCUCCAAACUUUAUUUCCUACCGGAGGAUACUCCCCAGGGACGCACGGGCACCCAUGGAGAGCACGAGGUAAUUGCGGUGUCGGAGAAGGUGAUUGUGCGGCUGGAGGACUUGGUGAAGUGGACGGUACCAGACUUCUCAGGAUGGACCAACUGUCUGAAGGCCGAGCCUCUCAAACCCUCCGUGCUCCGAGAGCUGGGGACCAACGGGAGGCGGGAGGCCCUCCACCGCUACCGGGAGAGCACCCUGACCAGCGGGCUCAACUUCAAGGAUGUCCAGCGGGAAAGGGCACAGCUAGGCCAAGAGGAGGAUGGGCGGAAGGUUUUGGUCCUCAGUUACCCCCAGUAUUGCCGUUUCCGCUCCGUCUUGGCGCGGCUCAGAGAGCAGCCCUCCUCUCUGCUCAUAGACCACACGGUGCUCGCGCUGGGCGGCAUCGCUGCGUUGGGCGGCAGCACGAGGAUCCUGUACUGCCGGGACACCUUCGAAAAUCCCGCCCUGCUGCAGAACGAGAGCAUCUGUGACGAGUUCGCGCCUAACCUGAAGGGGCGACCUCGGAAGAAGAAGCUGUCCAUCUCUCAGAGGAGGGACUCCGACCAAAAGGGUCAAGGGUCAUCGGGGUCAACCCAGGGCUCGACAGCAGUAGCAGCACAGGACCCCUGCAGCCCAGACAGCAAAACUACAGCCAAGGUCAAACCCAACUGUAAAACGGUACCCAACGGAAAAAUUACCCCGGCGGCCAAACACAGGGCCAACAGCCUCAGCAAGAGAUCCUCAGCAGAGGAGAGGGAGCGAGGGAAGGAUAGGGAAAGGGAAAAGGAGGAGAGGAGCGAGAAGGAGGACAAGAGAGAGGAGGAAACAUCAGAGGAGAGCCGAGCGGAGGAGCAAGCUUUCUUAGUGGAGCUCUACAAGUACAUGAAAGACAGAGACACGCCCAUAGAGAGGAUCCCCUUCCUCGGCUUCAAACAGAUCAACCUUUGGACUAUGUUUCAAGCUGCUCAGAAACUAGGAGGAUAUGAGCUGAUCACGGUCCGCAGACAGUGGAAGCACGUAUAUGAUGAAUUGGGCGGGAACCCCAGCAGCACAAGUGCCGCCACGUGUACGCGGAGACACUACGAGAGGCUCCUCCUCCCCUACGAGAGGAACGUUAAAGGCGAGCAUGACAAACCCCUCCCCUUGGCCAAACCCAAGAAACAGGAGGGCGGCCAAGAGAAGGCCUCGGGAGCUAAAGCCAAAGGAGUGGGGGCCAAGAAAUUCAAAAGCCUCACCAAUACCAAGCUGGGGAGUAAAAAGGACAGAGGGGAGACAGUGAAAGGCCAAGAACAAUCACAGGACGCCAAAGGGGAAGAGGAGACUCACGAGCUGUCCGCAGCCAUCAAACAGGAGGUAUCUCUGAGAGAUGAACCUAUCGUAAUAGAGGAGGAAGAGUUACAUGUUACCCUAAAGAAACAGGAGUCCUUAGCGGUGGAGCAGCCAUCUUCACUCUGCCCCAAAGAGCCAGACUGCAGAGCCCCGCAUGCUGGUCUACACCUCCACACGGGGCCCGGCCCCCAGCCUGAAUGGAGGCAAAUCAGCGAGGCCCUCCGAGCAAAACUCUUGUGUGAACAGCAAACUGAAGGGCAUUUCAUUCCUAAAAACCCCUACCUGCCUCACCGCUGGGAUCAGAACAGACCUGCUGGACAUGUUGCUCUGCCCGAGCCCUCCUCCAGGGUCAAAGACUCAUUAGAAAGUCACGGUGGGCGAGUGGGCAAAGUGUUACCAAUGUGUAAGCAGGCAGACAGACAGUGUAUAGACUUGAGCACAGAUUCCUUCCCGGAGAAAGAAGACUAUGGGGUCAUUAAGAAGGAGUCGACCGCACAGAUGGCUGCCUACUGCAAAGCAAGCCAGGGGGUCAUGUCUCCUUUAGCCAAAAAGAAGCUCCUCUCCCAAGUGUGCGAGUCCAACCCUUUCUCCUUUACUUCUCCUUCUCUUCAGCCUCCACCCCCCACAGCGACUUCCUGUCUCCCCGUCAUAUCGCUUCCCGAAAGGGAGAAGGAGAAGAGAAAGGGUGAGGAGGAAGUGGUAGGACAGAGGCACGGGUGCGUGUCGGACAACACCCCGGAGGUAGCGCCCAUAUUCAGGCCAUCAGUCAUCCAGCACGCUCAGAGCAGCAAGCCUCACCAACAAGCCACCGGCGGCCCGUCGGAGAGGAGCGCCGCCGGGGAGCUCUCCGAACCUUACAGCUGUCGGACGAGCCAUCACCUCCAGCCUCAAGUCAAUCCGCCGUGGCAGCCCUAUCUCCCCCGAGCCCACGCCCAGGAAGGCCCGGAGAACACCGGGGAGACGCUACUCCAGGGCCCCGCCGCUCACCCACGGAGCUACACCACUGACUGCUACUCCUCGCCUCACCUCCACAGUCUGUACCGGCAAACUGAGAGCUGCCUGAGCCAGGAGAGUAUGGUCGGCUUCCCCAACGGAGAUCGAAGAGAGCGCUACACCAGGGACCACGAGGGCAGCCAGGGCUUCGUCUGCGGCGGGUUGGAGCAAGAGGGCUUAGCCUACAGAUCUCACUACAGUGACAGGACUCAAACACACCGCGAGAGGAGAGAGGCAGACGAUGAACCCAGAGACUUUACCAUCUCUAAACCUCUCUCUCAGAGGGUGUCCUUCUCCAAGCCCUCUUUCUGCAGUCUCCCAUAUCCCAUCAUGCACCAGGGUUUGGAUUCCCACCCUAAGGCGUGCAGAGUCCCUCCCAUGACCAUCUCCCCCCCCAAACAGAGCCCGGUGGAGUCGUCGCAGCCGUUUCCCAGCCCAAAAGCUUCAAGCGAUUCGUGCCUCACCAGCCCCAUUCGACCCAGUAAGCGGAACCUCGUGGAACCCGAGAGCGAGGACGCCCCAGAGAGGAAGGUGCGCGUGGUGACGCCGAUCCAUCCCGCCUGCUCAAUCCGACGCAGCGACCCAGAGGAGCUGAAACCGGCCGAGCCGGCCCACGCCAUUCACCUCAACAGCCAUCUCCCCGAGGGCCACCCAACGACUACCUACCCCCCGCACCUCUACACCGCCAUGUACUCACCCGGCGGCCUGGACGGGCUCCAGCAGCACCCAGGUCUGCAGUACCUGAAGAGCCAGUCCGCAGUGUCUCCCCUCGUGCCCCCGUUAGCCUUCCACUCCAUGAUGCUCCACAGGCAGCUGCUGGCCGCCAGCCCCAGCCCACACCACUUCUACAGGCACCCGGGUGGGGCGGCGCUGUACGGGGACCUGCUGCAACACCUGUACCCUCUCUCUACCCUCCAGCCACAUCAGCUGUCCUCGGUACACCCAAGCACCAGACUGUGAGAGGAGGAUUUAUUCCUCCCCUCUCCCUCUUCAUCCUCAGAAACUUUUUCAGCUUCUCUUUCUGUCUCUCUUGCUCGGGGAUUGUGGCUCAGUCGAAAAACAAACACUGAUUAUAAAACUUAUUGCAGACUGAUAAACUCAUCUUUCAGGCAGACUGAAAAUUCCAUUUUCUUUCUUUUUUUUUUAUUUGUGUAUGCAUUUGUUUAUAUCCUUUGCACUGUAUUUUUUUUUAUCACCACUUACUGUAUCUUUUUGUUGUAUCCUUAUUUGCACAAUGCUCAUGUGUAUGUGCUCACAAAUCAGUUUGCCGCUCUCAGCCACCACGAGUCAGGUUGUUGCUCCGAGCGUGUGAAACGUGGAGGGCAACAGAGAAAAGCCAUUUGUUUACUGCGUCUGAGGGCUAAACUUUUUUGCUUAAAAACACUACAAGUAACAUGACGACGUAAAUGAAAUUCUUUAUACAACCAGAGGUGCAUCGCAAAACAAUGUCCAACAGCUGUCAUAGUGCAUUAACACACUUUAAUGCAGCCGGUGGUGUUGCGUCUGUUUACAUGUCUCCACGCUGAAAGCUGUAGCCAGUGUGUGCCACAGUAAAUCCACCUGGACAUUAAUAACACUCACUGCGGUGCCGAACGACAUGGAAUAGUUUUUAUCAUAACAUUCAGAGGUGCUGUGUAUAACAGAUGUACUGUAGACUCACGUUUUACUCCGUUCAGGUUUUUACCCGUUAUGUAUUUCAGUCCAACACAAGCAGCUGUCAUGUUCAAUCUGUUGACAAAUCACGAAUGUUUUUCAGAUAGCCGUUUUACUUUCUAAAUCGAGAGUAAUUUGAUCCCAGAACCCCCUUGUGAUGAGUAGACUGUAGCAGCUUGUUUUUGUCUGUAGGACCAGCAUAAUGAAGCAGCCGUCUGCUGCGGAAUGCUCACCACAAAGAAAUCAGCAUUUCAUCUUUUUUGUUCUUGACUUGAAAAACGCUUUUUUUUUUUUUUUUUUUGGCGAACAGACUCUUUUUAUUCAACACGCUGAAAAGACUCACUGUAUGAUUUGAUAGGAAUGUUGUCACUUAGGAUAUUACUGCUUUGCAAAUAUCUGUGCCUUUUCGCAGUCUUGGAUUAGAGCUAGCACUACAGUCGUUAAGGUUUAUCUCCUGUAGCAGGGUAGAAAUAUCAAUAUUACUGUCACUCUUGUCUGAAACGCAGCGCACAGACACUCAUACAAAUAGGGCACACUUGGCUUUCAGACACCAGACUUCAUAGUUAAGGCACAACAUUUAAAGUUUUUAAAACAGCUAUGCUUCAACCUGAUGGUUAAUAUUUGUGCUUAAUGACUCUAUUUACUUUGCUUAACGGCGUCAAUUAUAGAAGAACCUGACAAGAUUUACUGCUAGCUGAUAUUGACACAGGUCUGGUGUCUGUCAUCCGCAGGGCAUGUGCGCUCAAGGUGUUUUUUCUAGCAGUGAUGAAAAGGUACCAGACUCCAUAAAGUAUGCCGACCAUGCUCCGUAGCCUGAGGUGGGAAGACAACACCUGCUCUGGCUUUUACAACCACUAUAAUUGCGAUCCGAGAUAGUCGAAAUACACAGUCAAACAUGUCUGGUGUUUCAAAAGAAGAAGAAAAAAGAAGCUGUAAACGUCUAAGUGUAAAGUUUUACUGAUAGAUAAAGACAUUCAUUUCUGAUUAAGUACUGUACAUUGCUGUGUGUAGGUAAAACUGGCAUUAGUGCCGGCCCCUGUACAGAACAUUCAUAUGGGAUCAAUCCAUGACAACCCCUCUCUCUUGUCUUAUUUUCUGUGUAAAUAGCACUGUAGAUAGUACCGCGUGGUUGUUAUCAUAUAAACUGUUAUAAUCUGUAAAUAGUAUAAAAAACAGUAUAAAAGUCGGUUACACAAUCUAGCUGUGUCCUUGUUUGCUCCGUUUCAAGGUCACCGCGAUCACGUUAGAUUUUAAACAAACACUACAAUUUAAGAAUUAGGAUACUCGUUUUAUUUGUUGUCGUUUCACUUUAUUUUUUCCACGUUGUUUCCAUUAUUGUGCAUCCUGAAAGUGUUUUUGAUACAGUAGCCAUCUGUUUACCAAUCACCCAGCUGGCGAGCAAGACAAAAAAAUAAAGACAUUUUGUAUGAUAUGACCUCCUGUAUAUUUAAUUAAAAUAUUUUACUAUCUA